GUGUACAAUUGGGCAAAUCAAAACGAAAUAUUAUCAGCCUUUUUUUGGGUCUAUUUCAUACCCCAAAUUGCGGCGGGUCAGGCUGCCCAAAGAUUCGGAGCCAAAUGGAUUCUCGUUGUGGCAAUGUUACUUACAUCUAUGGCAUCACUUCUGAUACCACCACUAGCCGCAUUUGGUUCUUGGACUGUGAUGUUGUGCAGAGGGAUACAGGGAUUCAGUCAAGGGUGGCUUUUUCCCUCUUCCUCCUAUCUCGUUGGAAAAUGGGCACCAGCUUCAGAAUUUUCAACCAUUAUUGGUUUAGUAGCAACUGGGAGCCAAGUAGGGAUCGCUGCGUCCAUGGGUGUAACGGGAUUGAUGAGUGCAAGUACAUACGGUUGGCCCUUGGCAUUUUACACUUCCGGUUGUCUUGGACUCUUAUGGGUCGCCGUGUACAUAAUUUUAGGAAGUAAUUCCCCUCAUGAACAUAAAGGCAUAACCCCUGCGGAGGAGUGCUACAUCAGGUCAACCCAUGGAAAUGAAGACGUCGACAAACCCCGUUCGACCCCCUGGAAACAUAUGGUUCUAUCUCUUCCAGUUUGGGCAAUUCUCGUAUCAAAUAUUUGCUCGGAUUGGGCGCUUUACACCUGCCUCACUGAGGUUCCAACGUAUAUGAAUUAUGUGUUCGGUUUUAACAUACAUGAU